UCUCAGCUGCUGUACUAGUACUGUAAUUAAAAGCGGUCCACGCAGAAUUACUGUUUCCAGUCGACAUAGAGAAUGAUUAAGCCCAUUGCUGUACUAUGCGUGGUGUUAAGCGCUCAGUGUCAAGCCCAGCAAUAUGUGUGGGAUUUGCUGAAACCACCGCUCACCGCCGGCGAAGUGCGAGCCAUCGCGUUUAACGCUUAUGCAGCAGACACCUUUCCCAUGUAUGCCAGCAUUCCCCAGACAAACUUCCGGUGUAAAAAAAAGAAACAGCCGGGAUUCUACGCCGACACGGAAGCCCAGUGUCAAGUCUUCCACCGAUGCGAUGUCAACGGAAACCAGACUAGUUACCUGUGCGUCAACAGCACGGUGUUCAAUCAGGUCACUCUCGUGUGCGACUACUUUUACAAUGUCGACUGCGAAAAAUUUGCCACAUACGAAGACUUCGCCAAUUCCCGUCUGUACACUGACCGACCACUGUUCGAUACGCCGCCUUCUAAUUAUGUACCACCCGGUGCACGGCUUCCGGGAUUCAGUUUCGCAUCCAGCGAGAGGCCCGCGAAACAGCGCUCAACGCCCAUCACAACCAUCGAGCGACUGAAAAUGCUGCAAAACACACCAUUCGGCAACAAAAUGGCGUAGAUUGCGCACACCUACAGUGGAUUGUGGUCCCCACUACGCUGCGUAGCCGGCGUAAGAAUAGAUCAAAUCAAUACGUCAUUAACACGUACCAAAUCCAGUUGACGCGUCAUUUUGUACAAAAUAAACAGUGUGUGCUAUCUUGGAUCAUGCUUGUUCGGAAUCUGCAUGGAAAUGAAUAUUUUGUAAGCACUUGCAGGAUUUGGGGCUAAUCGAAGAGUAACUAAGAGUCGGCGAGAAACCAGCUAAAUUACUGUGUACCGCAAGUGCGGUUGGUCAAGCACAUCUUUUUAUGGUUUUACUAGAAAAUUCAGAUUGUGCCCUCGACUGGGUAGUGUGCCGGUACAUAGCAAUAAAUU